GUUACUAAAAAAUUGCAUUUUUCAUAAAAAAAGAAAAAAGAAAAAAACUCUAAACUCCAAAUCGCACCACCAGAAAUGUCUUCGUCUCCGGCACCGUCCAUCCCCGCCGUCCCGCUUCGUCCGUGGCCGCAAUUUGCGGACACCGCAGCCCUAAGCAUCCCGAUCUCCUUCUCCGACGCCACCUACCGGAUCAACCAAAACCUCCGGUAUUUCGUUGGGAAUUACGCCGUUCUCUUCUUCCUCGUCCUCCUCCUCAGCCUCAUCUCCCGGCCCCUCACUCUCAUUCUCUUCCUCGUCAUUUCCGCUUCCUGGAUCUUCCUCUAUCUCUCCCGAUCCGAGGCGCUAGAGCUAUUCGGCUUCGACAUCGACGAUCGGAUUAUUCUAGGGCUUCUCAGUUUGAUCACUCUCAUCGCCUUGUUCGUGGCCGGAGUGUGGAGUAACGUCUUCAUCUCAGUGGCUAUCGGAGUUGUUUUAGCUUGCCUUCACGCCGCCAUGAGGGCACCUGAGGAUCAGGAGGCUUCGCCUUACGAGAAUUUGCUAUCUGUCGUGGAUAGUCCCACCAGAGGUGAUUAUGCUAGGGUUUGAACUCCAUUGCUUCAAAUUGACUUUAGGAAACGUGAAUUGGACUUGGCCUCUGGAUAGUCAAAUUGACUAAUUGGCAAUUGGGAUAGCUUUAGGCAGAUUGUGAUUGAAAGUUGGUAGCGUUUACAUAUCUCAACUGCAAAUGGUUACAAUCCAAACUUGAAUGAAUGAAAUGAAUGUGGGUUUUGUGUGGAUGCUGAACUGAUUGUUGAAUCUGUAGUUUUUUGACAUGUAUUUGCAAAAAAAUAUCUUCAAAAUGUUUGAGUUUUUGGUGCA